GGCGGGACGGGACGAGGGUGUCAGCGCCCCCAGAGCGUCCAGGGUGGAGCGCGGGGGCGGGCCCAACUGCGGGGCCCUGCGGGGCAGGGGUGUGAUAUCUGGGCACAGGGCGAGCAGCAUCAGGCCCCGGGGGGAGUCGGGAGGAUCCCAGCGGCGUCCAGCUGUGCAAACAGGAGGAGGGCCAAGGCGACCCAGGGGACUGGGGCGAGAGUGCUGCUCCAGCCGCCGCCCGGGCGCCCGCGCCGCUGCGGGCAGUGCCAGCCUCCUCGGCCCCGACGCAGAAACUUGUUGCAACCAACAGGCGACCGCGGGUGCCCCUAGCCGCCAGCGGCGGAGUGGGUGGGCGGGCGAGAGGGAGGGGAAGGCUGGCGGACGCCGCGGCGAACUGGUGGGCAGACCCGGAGUCGCCGCGUAAGCGGGGCCGGCUCAGUGCGGUGCGGCAGGCGCGGCUGUGCGGCAGCGGAAGUCCUUUGUUGCAGCGCAGUCCCUGGCACAGCCGGAGUGUCUCGGCGCAGCCCAGCCGAGCGCCGCGCGCCGUCAACUGCAGCCCGCGGCCCCUCGCCUCCGCCGGCCCGCCCGCUCGCCCCGCGGCCCCGCCGCUCGAAACUCCCGAAAACCUCCGCAGCCGCGCGUCCCGCCGCGCCCGGUCUGAUUACUAGAAGAUGGCAAAGCCCAGCCACAGCAGCUAUGUCCUUCAGCAGCUCAACAACCAGAGAGAGUGGGGUUUCCUCUGUGACUGCUGCAUUGCUAUUGACGACAUUUACUUCCAGGCACACAAAGCGGUCUUGGCGGCCUGCAGCUCCUAUUUUAGAAUGUUCUUCAUGAACCAUCAGCACAGUACUGCACAGCUGAAUCUCAGCAACAUGAAAAUAAGCGCUGAGUGUUUUGAUCUCAUUUUGCAGUUCAUGUAUUUAGGAAAGAUUAUGACUGCUCCUUCCAGUUUUGAGCAGUUCAAGGUGGCAAUGAACUACCUACAGUUGUACAACGUUCCUGACUGCUUAGAAGACAUACAGGACGCAGACUGUUCUAGUUCAAAGUGUUCGUCUUCCGCUUCAAGCAAACAGAACAGCAAGAUGAUCUUUGGGGUGAGGAUGUAUGAAGACACGGUGGCUAGGAAUGGCAGUGAAGCCAGCAGGUGGUGUGCAGAGCCCAGUUCAACGGUGAAUACACCACAUAACAGAGAGCCCGAUGAAGAAUCUUUACAGUUAGCUAAUUUUCCUGAGCCAAUAUUUGAUGUGUGUAAAAAAAGCUCUGUGUCCAAGUUAUCUACUCCAAAAGAACGUGUGUCACGACGCUUUGGGCGGAGUUUUACCUGUGAUAGUUGUGGAUUUGGCUUCAGCUGUGAGAAGUUACUAGACGAGCAUGUGCUGACCUGCACUAACAGACAUUCAUACCAAAGCACGGCGAGAGCAUACCACCGAAUAGUAGAUAUUAGAGAUGGCAAAGAUAGUAACAUCAAAGCGGAACUUGGUGAAAAGGAGUCUUCCAAAACAUUUUCCGCACAGACAGACAAAUACAGAGAAGACGCCAGCCAGGCGCCUGAUGAUUCAGCUUCGACCACUGCAAGCAGAAAAGGCACAGUGGAGUCUGGAAUGGCGGCUGGUGAAGACAAAAGUAGAGCCACUGAGACGAAAAGAAUUAUUAUCAAGAUGGAGCCGGAAGAUAUCCCUACAGAUGAGAUGAAAGACUUCAACAUCAUUAAAGUUGCUGACAAAGACUGCAAUGAAUCCACGGACAAUGAUGAGUUAGAAGAUGAACCCGAAGAGCCAUUUUAUCGAUACUAUGUUGAGGAAGAUGUCGGCAUUAAAAAGAGUGGUAGGAAAACCCUAAAACCUCGGAUGUCCGUAAGUGUGGAUGAAAGAAGUAGUUUAGAAGGUAUGAGACCCCCCACCAAUAGCAGUCCAGGGCAAGAGGAUGCUGACAAUACCUCUUGUGAGUUGUGUGGACUCCCAAUAACUGAGGAGGACCUGUCAUCUCAUUACUUAGCCAAACACAUCGAAAACAUCUGCGCAUGUGGUAAAUGUGGACAAAUACUGGUCAAGGGCAGACAGCUCCAGGAACACGCUCAGAGAUGUGGAGAGCCUCAGGAUCUGACGAUGAACGGGCUCGGAAAUGCCGACGAGAAGAUGGACAUGGACGAGAACCCUGAUGAGCAGUCUGAGAUAAGAGACAUGUUUGAGAUGCUAGACGAUUUCAGGGACAGUCAUUACCAAAUAAACAGUAUCCAGAAAAAGCAGUUAUUUAAACACUCUGCUUGUCCUUUUCGGUGUCCCAAUUGUGGCCAGCGUUUCGAAACUGAAAACUUAGUGGUCGAGCAUAUGUCUAGCUGCCUAGACCAAGAUAUGUUUAAGAGUGCCAUCAUGGAAGAAAAUGAAAGAGAUCACAGACGAAAACAUUUUUGUAAUCUGUGUGGAAAAGGAUUUUAUCAGCGCUGUCAUUUGAGAGAACACUAUACUGUUCAUACUAAGGAAAAGCAGUUUGUGUGUCAGACAUGUGGAAAGCAGUUUUUAAGAGAGCGGCAGUUGCGUCUGCACAAUGACAUGCACAAAGGCAUGGCCAGGUAUGUCUGUUCCAUUUGUGAUCAAGGAAACUUCCGAAAACAUGACCAUGUACGGCAUAUGAUUUCCCACUUAUCUGCUGGUGAGACUAUAUGCCAGGUCUGCUUUCAGAUAUUCCCAAAUAAUGAGCAACUGGAGCAGCAUAUGGAUGUUCAUCUCUAUACGUGUGGAAUAUGUGGAGCAAAGUUUAAUUUGAGGAAGGAUAUGAGAUCACAUUAUAAUGCCAAGCAUUUGAAAAGAACCUGAGGGGCUUCCUACUGUACGAAUGUUUAGCUGAUAGGCAGGACACCAAAGCAAAAAGGAUAUGAGCUAUUUAGACACUGAUUUUAUAAGAAGUGUUGGGAAAGUUUUCAUGGCCCUUUUACUUUAACAUUUUGUUUAGGACCUUAAGUAUAUUUUAGGCAUUAAAUGUUAUCAUUUUUGAUGUUUCUAAGAGCAUUCUUUGUUCGUAGUUUUCUUAACUACCAUUAAAGUUACUUUUCAAUGUAGACUGUAAGUGGCUAUUAUCCCUUCAGUGACUAUUAAACUAGUUUUUUUUUAACCAAUAAGGUAAUGAUUUCACUAUUUUAUGUACUUUGAUUUUAAGGUUAUCCUAUGAAAUUUUAAACCCUAGAUCAUUGACCAUUCCUACUUAAAUUUUUAAAAGAAAUUUUAAAUAAUUAUUUAAAAACUAUCCUACUCAUUUUUAGCUUUUUUGGUUUUGCUUUUUGGGGUUUUUUGUUUUUGCCUUUUUGUCUUUUUGUCAGUUGUAUAGUGGGUGUCUACUGUUCAUUCUCCCUUAUCAAUGAAAUCCAUAUUCUUAAAUUGACAAGCUUAGGCAAGUGAGGUGCACUGAAUCUAACCUUUAAGGUAGACAUGGGCUCAAUCCUGGCCUAAGACUGAUGGACCUAAGGAAAUUCCUAUAAAUGAACAUUUCCUAUAAUUGAUAAAAUAUUAUCAUUUAAUAAUCACAUUUAAAACUUAUAUUAAGUGUAAAUCCCAAUGACUUUUCCUCACUUGAGAAAUUAGUGGGGAUAAGCCAUUUCGUUUUGUGAUACUGAAUUUAACUAUGAUAGUUAAUUAAAAAGACAUCUGUAUUCAUUAAAAUAUUUUAAUUUAAAAAUAUUCUGAUUUCUAAAGUGUGUUAGUUUAUCAAUUAUUUUGUUUUUAAAUAAGACUUUAAUAGCUCUUUAGGAAUAUGACAUUUAAGGAAAAAUUAUUUUUCAUUUUUAAAAUUACUUUGGAACUGAGAUUUGAAAAAGCUGCCAUGUAUAUUGAUAAAUCUAAUAAAAUAAAGAAAUCAAUUAUAAA